AAGCCUGUGCUCGUUAUUAUGCAAAUGAAACUGUUGAAGAAACUGAACAGCAUCGAAGUACCCAGAGAGAAGUGUAUGCUUACCGAAUUUCUAAUCAAACUAUCAAAGAAGCUAAGCAUUGUUGA